CAUUUGAAGGUGCCGUAUUGACACUUUCUUUUUAUAGCAAUUUAAUUAUGUAUUUUUAAGAAAGUAACUAUUGUUCCGUUUGAGUGCGUGUAUGUCGCUUGUUUUUUGCCUCUUGACGUUGGCCCUUUGAUCAUUGCGAUGCCCCAGUCCAGGAACCGUCGACCGACGAAGACAAGUGAGCCGUCGAGAAAGGCUCCAGCCGACUGUGUGACCAACAAUGUUAAGGAAAAUGGUGGAAAUAAGGACACGUCUAAAAUACCGAGAAAUAUCCGCUACGAUUUGGAAAAUGCUCUACUAGGGCUUUGUGACGUUUGGUUCGAGGACAUAAAACCGCACCUAGUGAAGAACAACUUAAAGCUCCACACGGGUGGCGCUCUGAACGAGAACGGCUACAGCGAGCUGGAGCCGGCGAGGGAGCCCCGGAGGGACGGCCGCGUCCAGCUAGACCCAGGUGCUGCCUCUGAUACUCGCCGUCGGGCGGCGGCGAUCUCCAGAGCCUACUCGCGAACGCGGCCCGAAGCAUCGAAAGCGCCGUGUCCCAAGCCGCCCUUGCGAACCUGCCCAACAAGUCCGACCAAUCUUCGUAAAUUAUUGCAGUUGCCCGAAGAUAAGAAGAUGCAGCCACCCGUUCGGAAAGUCACCGCCCGUGAACACUCGCCACCCACACUCGCUAAAAACUAUCCACGGAAUGUACACGAGUCAUCUAAACAGAAGAAACAGCCACUCGUUCAGAAAACGCCCUUGCAGAGACCGCCGGCACCACCGGUGACCCAAACCGGCAAAACCUAUCAACGGCCCGUCCCAAAUUCACCGAAACGGAAUACGCCCCAGCGGGGAUCAUCACCACUUACGAAACAAAUAUAUCAACAAAACAUCUACACAUUACCAAAACAGCUUAUCGUUCAGGAGACGCCCCCACAACGAGUAACGCCUUUGGCAAAAACCUACCAUCAGAAUAUCCACUACCCAGCAGAACGGACAGAACGGAAGCGGAACUCAAAUUAUGUACCGUAAAUUACUAGUUAUACAUAAAGUAAAGUAGUUCCUGAAUA